AAAUUCCGUCAUGCCUGCCAACAGCUCCUCCUACCUCGCCACGCGUAUUGACGGCGCGUGGUUCCACCUCCUCAUACGUUUCUUCCUUCUUCUUCAACAAAUCUGAAACUGCAAUAGACGCAGAUCGCCUCCAGAUGACGGUUACGUCGAUGAUCCACUGACUAAGGUCCCGUGAAAUCGGAAUUCAAUGUCUCUCUCGCUGUCCUCUUCUUUCGGGGCUGCGUCAUCGUCGUCUCCGGCGACCGCUUCAUCUUCUUCCACCACGACGUCGUGGUUAUCCGGCAUCGUUCGCGGUCGUGGCGACAAAUCCGGGGGCGCGAAGCUGUCCAAGAGCUCCUCCGUCCCAUCUGCCGGCGGAAGCGGCGAUUACGGUGGGCCCGUCCAGGGGAAGAAUCAAUUUCGCGGCGUUCUGUUCAAAUACGGGCCGAAACCCAUUCAGGUGGCUUUUAAGACUGGAGACUAUAAGCAACAAGUGAUAUUUAUCGGUGGAUUGACUGAUGGAUUUCUGGCUACUGAAUACUUGGAAACACUUGCCAUUGCUUUGGAUAAGGAGAAGUGGUCGCUUGUUCAGCUACUUAUGUCUUCUUCAUAUUCCGGAUAUGGCACUUCCAGCUUGAAACAAGAUGCACAAGAAAUCGACCAGUUAGUAAGCCAUCUCAUCAACAAAGAGAACUCAGAGGGUGUUGUUCUGCUUGGUCACAGCACCGGUUGUCAGGACAUUGUGCAUUAUAUGCAAACAAAUGCUGCAUGCUCCCGAGCAGUCCGAGCUGCUAUUUUGCAGAUCUAUGCCUAUUGCAAUGUUCAGGCACCGGUUAGUGAUAGAGAGUACAAAGCAACACUUCCUGAGACAGCCGCCAUGAUAGACUUGGCUGCAACCAUGAUAAAAGAAGGUCGAGCAGAGGAACUAAUGCCUGGAGAAGCUGAUCCUUCUGCUCCAAUUACUGCAUACAGAUACCACUCUCUUUGCGCGUACAUGGGAGACGACGAUAUGUUUAGUUCCGACCUUAGCGAUGAUCAAUUGAAAACUAGACUUGGGCACAUGGCUAACACACCUUGCCAGGUGAUCUUUUCCAUGGCUGAUGAAUAUGUACCGGAUUAUGUCGACAAAAAGGCACUGGUCGAUAGAUUAUGCAGAGCGAUGGGAGGUGCAGAGAAAGUGGAGAUAGAGCACGGGAAUCACUCACUUUCCAACAGAGUUCACGAAGCUGUCCAAUCCAUUCUCUGCUUUGUCAUGCGUGAAGGCCCUUCUGGUUGGGAUGAUCCUUGGAGUUAAACGCUCCCCCCCCCCUUAUCUGCGUUUGGCGUGUGGCGUUUGGCGUUUGGCGUUUGGCGUUUGCAAACUCUCCAUUUAUUUCUAUUCUCUCUCGUCUCCCCCUCCCCCGAUUACCAAAGCUGUUCUUAUCAUAUGCUCUUCAUUCUUUUAUUUUCUCCUUGGGGUUUUUUCUCUUUCUUCAACACCUUUUUCCUUAUAAAUAUGUUAAUCGGUGAGAUAUAUGGUUUAUAUAUACAUUUAUUUUGUAAUUUUGUAAUUUCAUGAGUUUUUUAAAAUUUAA